AUGUCCAUGGCACCAUCUGCUACUGGUAUGGCGCCAAUGGCUACUUCCUCAGGCGAGAUGGAUAUGGCCGGCAUGAUGGGCGGAUGUAAGAUUAGUAUGCUGUGGAACUGGAAUGUAAUCGACACAUGCUUCAUCGCAGAAUCCUGGCACGUACGCUCAAAAGCCAUGUUCGCCGGCUCCUGCAUUGGAGUAAUCCUACUCGUCAUCGUCCUCGAAUUUCUCCGGCGCGCGGCCAAAGAAUACGAUCGCUACAUCGUUCUGCAACACUCCAAGACACUUGCUUCCUCGGCGAUCGGCUCCUUUUCCUCCUCCUCAUCGAACGCGAACGACAGCACGACUAAGCAUCCUGCUGCUACAACAUCACCAGCUGCUUGUGGCGCCAUGGCUGCGACGACGAGCAAGUUCCGACCAAGCAUUCUACAACAGGCGAUUAGGGCGGCGUUGCACAUGGCCGCAUUUGCUGUGGCUUAUUUCGUCAUGUUGUUGGCGAUGUAUUACAACGGGUACUUUAUCAUCUGCAUCUUCAUCGGUGCGUAUUUGGGAUACUUCAUCUUCGGGUGGGAGAGCUUCAACGUAAGCAGCGGGGGCGAGGAUCGUAUGCAGGAAAACGCCACAGUUUGCUGUGGGUAG